AUGGCAGCAGGCAAGGCACAACUCGGACUACAAUGCACGACUUUUCAGCGGCGCAAGCCAGGCACCAGUGACAUCGAUCUCUACACCUCGCUGCCAGGGCACGGAAUCGCGCUGUACGGCGUUGACCGUUCGGACAUGUUCGGCUCGAGCAAGCAGCGGUCGCGGGCGGACAUUGUAGACGAGCUGAACAAGGCGCUUGCUGCAGACUCGAGCAAGGCAAAGAACGAGGCCAAAACCGAUAUCCAGGCUGAGGCUGAAGAGGAUGUCGACGUGGGCUCUACUCACAACGCCAUUCCCACUCGAAUGACGGCUACCGUGGACAUUGGCGGUAGCAGAGCCGAAUGGGACAACGACGAUGAGUUGGAUUCACUGCCCGCGCUCCGGCACAAGCCAUCAUCUCACCGUGUGCGGUGGAACAUGGCGGCGACGCAAGAGAUAGUAUUUAGCUCAUACGCCACGCUCACCACGCUCACCAUAACGGAGGAGGAGCCGAUGAGUGGGGAAGAGAGGUCGGCAACGCAGUCCCAGUCGUUGUCGCAGUCGCUCACGCCUGAACAUUCUUCUGAGCGGUUGGAGGCCAUCGCAGAGUUGAAGGCCUGGGGCUCGACGCUCAGCUCGACGUUUUCCAAGAUCGGCUCGCUCUUGAGCGAGCCAAUGUCGUCACCCUGA